AUGUCGUCAAAUUCGACCUCAUCCUCAAGCUCGCCAGAAUCAGCAGGCCUUGGGAUCACAGGAGGCUAUGAGGGCGAUAGCCUCACGCUUAAAGUCAUUAUUGCCUUCUUUCUCGGCCUUUCUAUGUACAACGUGGUCGAACUCCUCGUCCUCAUUUUCGGCACCUUCAACAGGUUCAGAGGACUUUACUUUUGGAGUCUAGUGAUCUCCAGUCUAGGGAUAAUCCCCUACUCACUGGGAUUUAUCUUUAAAUACUUUUCUAUUCUCCAGGGCGGUGCUAAAUGGCUUUCCAUCUUCUUAUUGUCAAUCGGAUGGUAUCCCAUGGUAACCGGACAAGCGAUCGUACUAUGGUCUCGUCUCCAUCUCAUUGUGACGGGAGAAACAGGUGACAAGAUUCUCCUCUACACGAAAUGGAUGAUCAUCGUCAACGCUAUACUAUUACACAUCCCCACCACGGUGCUCACUUGUGGCUCAAAUAGCGACACCAGCACGGAAGUCUUCGUCCGCGGAUACAAUGUCAUGGAGAAAAUCCAAAUGAGCGGGUUCUUCAUCCAGGAAGUUAUUCUCUCCUCCAUUUACAUCCUUGAGACAAUCCGGAUCCUUCGAACCUCGGUCCAAGCGAACACCAAACGACUUAUGUUCCAACUGAUGGCCAUUAACAUCCUCAUCAUCAUCAUGGAUCUGGCAUUAUUGGGCCUGGAAUGCGCGUCACUGUACAUCCUGGAAACAACCACCAAACCCGUCUUCUACUCGAUCAAGCUCAAGCUCGAAUUCGCCAUCCUCGGCAAAUUGGUCCAGUUCGUCGGCCGGCCGCAGAACAACCGCGGUCGUGCCUCAACCGCCUUCUCAGACUCAGAGAAAUUAGAUAGCGCCUCACACCAUCCUCAUAGCGGCAAAAACACUGCCCAGGAUCAGGAUGAGAACGAUAUUUCGGAUUUCGUGGACUUGACCAAGAUCAAUACCGAUGUGACGCGCACCUCACAACCGCAGAGGAAGAGAAGCGUCGCCAAGACCGAACCUCGUGAUCUCGACAUUGACCUGGAAAUCGCGCGCAUGGAGCAUUGGGAGACUCUUCCUUCGAAUGUCCAGGCCACGAACGGAGGUGUUCCUUCGACGCGAAAGCUUGAGUCGUUGGAGCGCAAUGGCAAUGGUGGUUGA